UAUUGGCUGUGCGCAACGUCACUCUGGCGUGCGUGUUUUUCUUCAGGAAUAGAUAUUAAAAAAAUUAAAUCUAACAACUAAAAUGGAAGUCGCUGCGCUAAACCUAGAGCAAUCUAACCGAAGCGGUGGCGGCGGCGGAAUCAGCAGCGGCAGCAGCAGCUCCCUCACCGGGGAUGGGGACUCGGAGGAGUCCGAGGAUUUCACGUCCUCGUCCCACUGCUCGGAGCUCUCCCGCCGGCAGAACGAGCAGAGGAAGAUCGGUCUCUUCUGCGACGUUGUCCUGGCUUUCAGCAGCGGGGCGGCCGCCGGGGGAGUGCAGAGCUGUGAGAUGUCGGCUCACCGAUCAGUCCUGGCCGCGUCGACCGAUUACUUCACCCCGCUGCUUGGGGGACAAUUCUCCGAAUCUCUUUCGGGCCGGGUGGAGAUGAAAGAAUGGAGUUCGGAGCUGGGUCCGGACCCGGGGACCGUGGAGAGCGUCAUUCAGUUCAUGUACACUGGGGAGAUACGGGUCAGCACCGCCAACGUGCACGAAGUAUUGGAGCUUGCAGACCGGUUCCUCCUGCUCCAACUCAAAGAGUUCUGCGGAGAGUUCCUGAAGAAGCAGCUCAACCUGACCAACUGUGUGGCAGUGCACAGCCUGGCGCACAUGUACUCCCUGGACCAGCUCGCUCUGAAAGCCGCAGACAUGAUCCGCCGCAACUUCCACAAGGUGAUCCAGGACGAGGAGUUCUUCACGCUGCCCUACCACCUGGUCAGGGACUGGCUGUCGGACGCCGAGAUCACCGUGGACUCGGAGGAGGUCCUCUUCGAAGCCAUUGUGAAGUGGGUUCAGAAGAACUCGGACGGGCGUGAGAAGUACUUCGAGGAGCUCUUCAGGCUCCUCCGUCUGCCCCAGAUCAAACCCACUUACCUGACCAGGGUGGUCAAGUCUGAGAAGAUGGUAGCUGAAAACGAGGCCUGCUUCAAGCUCGUCUCUGAAGCGGUCGAGGGUCACGCCAUCAGGUUCGAGAAUGCCAAGCCCGCCGACUUGGAGUACUGGGCCUCUUACGUGGCCUCCUUCCAGCCCCGCUUCGGCCAGAACAUGGACGUGAUCAUGGUCGUGGGCGGCGUGUCGGAGGGUGGGGACUACUUAAGCGAGUGCGUUGGCUACUUCAUCGAUGAGGACAGGUGGGUCAACCUGCCUCACAUCCACAACCACCUGGACGGGCACGCCAUCGCCACCACGGAGUCCCACGUUUACGUGGCCGGGUCGAUGGAACCCGGCUUCGCCAAGACCAUGGAGCGGUACAAUCCGAACCGCAACACGUGGGAGCAGGUGAGCAACCUUCUCACCCGCAAGCACUCCUUUGGGCUCAGCUGCAUCAAGGAGAUCCUGUACAGCAUCGGGGGCCACGGCAACUUCAGCCCCGGCUUCAAAGACGUCAGCGUGUACAAGCCGGAGCAGGAUAAGUGGCACAACCUGGAGUCGGCACCCAAGAUCCUGCGCGACGUGAAGGCGAUCAGCGUGGAGGACCGCUACGUGUACCUCACCGCGCGGACGCCGGUGGACGUGGACAACGAAGACGGCUUGAAGACCGUCACCACCCGCUACGACACAGACAGCCGCCAGUGGCAGGAAGUGGAUUCGCUGCCACUGAUCGACAACUACUGCGUGUUCCAGAUGGCGGUGGCCGCCACCAACUUCUACCACACCGCCUCCUGCUGCCCCAAGAGCUAUGACUACACACGGGACGAGGCGGUGAAGCAGAAGAUCACCAGCAGAACCCCAGACGAGAUCCUAGAGAGCCUCCCCCCGGAGGUGACGAGCAGCGAAGGGGCCGCCAUCUGCUACUUCAGGGAGGACGUGUUCAUCAUCGGGGGCUGGAAGAACAGCGACGAUGUCGACAAGCAGUACCGCAAGGAGGCGUACCGCUACUGCGCCGAGAGGAAGCGCUGGAUGCUCCUGCCACCCAUGCCCCAGCCUCGCUGUCGGGCGACAGCGUGCCACGUCCGAAUCCCUUAUAGGUACCUGUACGGGACUCAAAGGUACCCCAUGCCACAGAACUUGGCCCGGCAGCGGGACAGGAUGCAGCAGAUGCAGCAGCUGCACAGGCGCACCCUCACCUUAAGGAGGCAACUGCAGUCCCAGAUUGACUGUUAAAACUGGAGACGUUUCCAGAGUUCGAACGCAGAGCUGCAGCAUGUAAUCCUGCCCACUCCUGAGUCUUAAAGUUUUCCUUGGCGGGUGCAUAUACUGGAAGGUGUUGAUGCUUGUUCUUCAAUGCUGGCAUAUAAGAUGUUGGUUUGUGACCAUAGGCAUCUGUUUGUUGGGCCAUAGUAGCAAGCAAUGAAGUGCAUGCAUUACCAACGUUGAUGGAACAAAUCAACUAUUUAUUAAAAAAAAAAAAAAAAAAAUUCUCUGCUGUGUUAAAAAAUCGGUAUGGUCUUGUGAUGUUGAGGCUUUCCAAGUUCUAAUCCAUGAAAUACAGAUCAGUGUUGUGAGAGCACAGGAGGAUCAAGACUCGUACAGUGUGCCAGCAUUCCAUCUGAAAGCUCUGCAAAACAUGUAACAUUUGGAUUUGGAAUUUUUUUUUUUCUAGCCCUUUUCAACUUUUCCUUCCUUAAUGCAAUUUUUUUUUUUUUUAGGCGUGACACAGUGAAUUACUUUUUU